ACAUGUCUUUAAGCAAAAGCAAAAAAUUCCGUGACAGGAGCAGCCCGAAUUCGUUUCUCGGGUUGAACCAAUUCCUUGUUCCCCGAAAUUGAGUUUGAAGUUGCAGUUUGUCGUCUCCAGUGAAAUUUCAGUGAGUAAAAUGGAGAAGAAGAAGCCAACACACAACGAUUCCUCAUCCAACAUCUUCACAUUUCUGACUCAAAGAAGCACUACAGUUUCCUUCAUUUGCAUCACUCUCUUUGCUAUUUUUGUGCGACUUGCAGUAUCAAUCCACCCUUAUUCAGGCGCUGGAACUCCGCCUAAGUAUGGAGAUUACGAAGCUCAGCGGCAUUGGAUGGAAAUUACCAUUAAUCUCCCUGUUAAAGAGUGGUACCGAAAUAGCACUGUUAAUGAUCUGAAAUACUGGGGUCUUGAUUAUCCUCCUCUUACAGCGUAUCAGAGUUACAUUCAUGGCCUUUUUCUAAGAUAUUUUGAUCCACAAUCAGUUGAACUUUACACUUCCCGUGGCUAUGAAUCUUAUAUUGGAAAAUUGUUAAUGCGGUGGACAGUGGUAUUAUCCGAUUUGCUGAUAUUUUUUCCUGCUGUUAUUUAUUUUGUUCUGGUAUAUUACUCUGGUGUUCAUGAGGGGUCGAAAAGUGGUAUGUCGUGGCACUUUGCCAUGAUUUUGUUGAAUCCAUGUCUUAUUUUGAUUGAUCAUGGUCAUUUUCAGUACAAUUGUAUUAGCUUGGGGCUUACUGUUGCAGCUGUGUCUGCAAUCCUAUCUGAUAGAGACAUUGUUGGUUCAAUCUUGUUCACUCUUGCUCUUAACCAUAAACAGAUGAGUGCCUAUUUUGCACCUGCAUUUUUUGGCUAUCUCUUUGGAAAGUGCUUAAGGCGCCAGAAUCCUUUUCUCGAGGUCUUGAAAUUGGGUUUCGCGGUGUUAGGAACGUUCAUUGUUAUUUGGUGGCCAUAUCUUUAUUCUUUGGAAGCACCUUUGGAGGUUCUUUCCCGCCUAGCUCCUUUUGAGAGGGGCAUAUACGAGGAUUACGUGGCUAACUUCUGGUGCACCACUUCAGUCAUUGUGAAGUGGAAGAGAUUGUUCGGUACCCAAUCACUAAGGAUUCUUAGUCUUGUUUCAACUGUUUCCGCAUGCCUGCCCUCAAUGAUGCUGCUAAUAUUGGUGCCGAGCAGAAGAAACUUCCUGUUUGGACUGCUCAGCAGUGCUUUAUCAUUCUACUUCUUCUCAUUUCAAGUUCAUGAGAAAUCUAUUCUGCUGCCUCUUCUUCCAGCAAGCUUCUUGGCGAUUGACGAGCCUCUUAUUUUUCGCUGGCUAACUUAUUUUGCCUUGCUCUCUAUGUUCCCUCUUCUAAGGCGUGAUGAAUUGAUUCUUCCAUAUAUUGCUUUAUAUGGUCUCUUCGUCCUCCUGUACAACGCACCUGCUCAAAGAGAAGACACAAGGGAGACCCGCUCUCGUUUUACAACUUUAAAAUAUUUUCUCAUCACCUUCUCUCUUCUUCUGCAUAUCGUUUACUUGAUGGUAACUCCACCAAGAAGGUACCCAUUCCUCUUUGAGGCAGUAAUUAUGCUCCUCUGCUUCUCGCAGUUUCUUUUUAUUUUUAUGUACACAAACAUGAAACAAUGGGAGUUUUUUAAGCUUUCAAGUCAAACAAUUAGAGAAAAGAAAAAUAUUUAGUACGUAUUUGGUGAUUUUCUUGUAUUACAUUUUGGAAGGGGUCAUAUAGUUGUCUCGGUUGAAAAUGUGUAAAUGAAAGCUUUUAGUUUCAUUUCCAAAUAGGAAAGAUGCUUAUACUUUCAAGUCUUGUGAUUUACCUUGUAUGACUGAGCUUAGCAGAACUAUUAGGAGGGGACUCUCUCCUAUUUUAGCCCAUUUCCUGUGGAUUGUGAUUGCCCGUAUCUCAAUUUUCAUUGUUUUUAGAGUUACCUUU